CACUUUGGCUUGAAACGCGGCGAACGAAACAUGUGCUGAGGAAACGAGCUCCGACGCGAAUUACUUCAAACCAAAAACGAAACGAAACGAAAACUGAAUUUCUCAUUCUCAUUCGUAUUCGUCGUCUCUAACGCGUAACGUAAAAGCAAUUAUAACAAAACAAGAGCAAAAAUACUAUCCAAAAAUUAAGUGGAAAUAUUAAAGAGAGAAAAAAAAUAGUGCAAAUCGCUAAGUGACACGCCACCACACGCCACACAAGGAUUACGGGUACACGCGGGUUGGAAAAAGCGAUCAAAAAAUGAAAACCAGAAAGUGACAGAGUGUUGCAACAACAACAACAACAACAACCAAAACCCAAGCCAAGAGCAAUCGAAACCGAUCUAAACUAAGAGAAGAGCCCUCUCCCCACACAGAGUGGCGAGGCUCUAACCUCCAACAAUCCAAAACCAACGCACCAAGAACCGAGUGAAGCAUCCAACAUGUUGGCCCACUGCCUGUUGCUUCUGCUGGCCGCCGUGGCCGUGCCCGUGCGCAGUACGCAUGCGCAGCAGUGCGCCUGGGAGUUCGUUCGCACCACCAUGGACAUUAAGUGCAAUGUGCGGGCGCUGGACGCCACCGCGCCCCUCGAUCUGCAGGUGGCCGAGACGGCCAACCGACUGGAGCUGCAGUGCAGUCAGGAUUUGCUGCACGCCAGCGAGCUGUCCUCGGGUCUCUUCGGGCGGCUGCAGAAGCUCGAGGAGCUGCAGGUGGAUGCCUGCAAGCUGCAGCGCAUACCGGCGAACGCCUUCGAGGGUCUCCUCUCCCUCAAGCGGCUGAGUCUGCAGACACACAACGCCAUGUGGGGACCGGGCAAGACGCUGGAUCUGCAUGCCCAGUCCUUCCACGGCCUGCGCGAGCUGAGCGAACUGCAUCUGGCCGACAAUAAUGUGAGACAGCUGCCCGAGGGCCUGUGGUGCUCCAUGCCCAGCCUCCAGCUGCUAAAUCUCACCCAGAAUCGCAUCCGGUCCGCCGAGUAUCUCGGCUUCUCCGAGAAACUGUGCGUUGGCUCGGCCCUGAGCAAUGCCAACGGUGCCGUCAGCGGUGGUUCCGAGCUCCAGGUGCUGGAUGUCUCCUACAACGAGCUGCGCUCCCUGCCCGAUGCCUGGGGCGCCUCCCGCCUGCGUCGCCUCCAAACGCUCAGUCUGCAGCACAACAACAUCAGCUCGCUGGCGCCCAACUCGCUGGCGGGUCUGAGCUCUCUGCGCGUGCUCAACAUCUCGUACAACCAUUUGGAGUCGCUGCCCGCCGAUGCCUUUGCGGGCAACAAGGAGCUGCGCGAACUGCAUCUGCAGGGCAACGAUCUGUACGAUCUGCCCAAGGGUCUGCUGCAUCGCCUCGAGCAGCUGCUGGUGCUCGAUCUGAGCGGCAAUCAGCUGACCAGCCAUCACGUGGACAACAACACAUUCGCGGGCCUGAUCCGCCUCAUCGUGCUGAAUCUCUCGAACAACGCGCUCACCCGCAUCGGGGCCAAAACCUUCAAGGAGCUGUACUUUCUGCAGAUUCUCGACAUGCGCAACAACUCCAUAGGCCAUGUGGAGGAGGGCGCCUUCCUGCCGCUCUACAAUCUGCACACCCUGAACCUCGCCGAGAACCGUCUCCACACACUCGACAACAAGAUCUUCAACGGGCUCUAUGUGCUGACGAAGCUGACGCUGAACAACAACCUCAUCAGCAUCGUGGAGAUGCAGGCAUUCCGCAACUGCUCCGACCUGAAGGAGCUCGACCUCAGCUCCAAUCAGCUGAUGGAGGUGCCCGAGGCCGUGCAGGAUCUGAGCAUGCUCAAGACACUCGAUCUGGGCGAGAAUCAGAUCUCGGACUUCAAGAACAACACAUUCCGCAAUCUCAACCAGCUGACGGGUCUGCGCCUGAUCGACAAUCGCAUCGGCAACAUCACCGUGGGCAUGUUCCAGGAUCUGCCACGCUUGAGCGUGCUCAAUCUGGCCAAGAAUCGCAUUCAGAACAUUGAGCGUGGCACCUUCGACAAGAACACGGAGAUCGAGGCCAUUCGGCUGGACAAGAACUUUCUCACCGACAUCAAUGGCAUCUUUGCCACACUGGCCUCCCUGCUGUGGCUGAAUCUGUCUGAGAAUCACUUGGUGUGGUUCGACUAUGCCUUCAUCCCGUCGAACCUCAAGUGGCUGGACAUUCAUGGCAACUACAUCGAGGCGCUGGGCAACUACUACAAGCUGCAGGAGGAGAUACGCGUGACCACGCUGGAUGCCUCGCACAAUCGCAUCACGGAGAUCGGCGCCAUGUCCGUGCCCAACUCCAUUGAGCUGCUGUUCAUCAACAACAACAUCAUUGGGCAGAUUCAGGCCAACACUUUUGUGGACAAGACGCGUCUGGCCCGUGUCGAUCUGUACGCCAACGUUCUGUCCAAGAUCUCGCUGAAUGCGCUGCGUGUGGCCCCCGUCUCCGCUGAGAAGCCGGUGCCCGAGUUCUAUUUGGGUGGCAAUCCCUUCGAGUGCGACUGCUCCAUGGAGUGGCUGCAGCGCAUCAACAACCUGACCACCCGGCAGCAUCCCCGCGUUGUGGAUCUGGCCAACAUCGAGUGCCUGAUGCCCCACAGCCGCAACGCCCCACUGCGCCCGCUCUCCAGCCUGGCCUCCACGGACUUUGUCUGCAAGUACGACAGCCACUGCCCGCCCACAUGCCACUGCUGCGAGUACGAGCAGUGCGAGUGCGAGGUGAUCUGCCCCAACAACUGCAGCUGCUUCCACGACGCCACUUGGUCCACGAACAUCGUGGACUGCGGCAAGCAGGAUCUCGGCAGCCUGCCCGCCCGCAUACCCCAGGACGUGAGCGAUCUCUACUUGGAUGGCAACAACAUUCCCGUGCUGGAGGCGGGACAGCUGGCGGGCAAGCGCAAUCUGCGCGCCCUCUACCUCAACUCCUCCAAUCUGAUGACCCUGCAGAACGGCAGCCUCUCGCAGCUCACCAAUCUACGCGUGCUCCAUCUGGAGAACAACAAACUGACGACCUUGGAGGGCACCGAGUUCCAGGCGCUGAAUCUCAUGCGGGAGCUGUAUCUGCACAACAACAUGCUGACGCACAUCUCCAACGGCAGCUUCGAGCCGCUCGUCUCCCUCAAGGUGCUGCGCCUGGACAACAAUCGUCUGAGCACGCUGCCCCAUCUGCAGUACCGCAACAGCCUGCAGGGCCUGACGCUGGGCAGGAAUGCGUGGUCGUGCCGCUGCCAACAGCUGCGGGAACUGGCACAGUUUGUGUCGGACAAUGCCAUGGUGGUGCGCGACUCGGCGGACAUUUACUGCAUCGAUGCGGGCAUCAAGCGGGAGCUGGAGCUGCUCGGCAAUGCAGCCGGUGGACCCGACUGCUCCGAGCUGCUCGAUGCCAGCGCCAGCAACAUCUCCUCGUCGCAGGACAUUGCCGGUGGCUAUCGCCUGCCGCUGCUGGCCGCCGUCCUGGUGCUCAUCUUCCUGGUCGUCGUCCUCAUCGUUGUCUUUGUCUUCCGCGAGAGCGUGCGCAUGUGGCUGUUCGCCCACUACGGCGUUCGCGUCUGCGAGCCGCGCUUCGAGGAUGCCGGCAAGCUGUACGACGCCAUCAUUCUGCACUCCGAGAAGGAUUACGAGUUUGUCUGCCGCAACAUUGCCGCCGAGCUGGAGCACGGCCGUCCGCCGUUUCGUCUGUGCAUUCAGCAGCGCGAUCUGCCCCCGCAGGCCUCCCACCUGCAGCUGGUGGAGGGAGCUCGCGCCUCGCGCAAGAUCAUUCUGGUGCUCACACGCAAUCUGCUGGCCACCGAAUGGAAUCGCGUCGAGUUCCGCAACGCCUUCCACGAGGCACUCCGCGGACUCGCCCAGAAGCUGGUGAUCAUCGAGGAGACUAGCGUCUCCUCAGAGGCCGAGGAUGUGGCCGAGCUCUCGCCCUACUUGAAGUCCGUGCCAUCGAAUCGUCUGCUCACCUGCGACCGCUACUUCUGGGAGAAGCUCCGCUAUGCCAUCCCCAUCGAGCUGUCGCCGCGGGGCAACAAUUACACCCUGGACCACCAUGAGCGCUUCAAGCAGCCCGUCUCCCCGGGCAUGAUCUUCCGCCAGGCCCCGCCGCCGCCAGCCUACUACUGCACCGAGGACAUGGAGGCCAACUACAGCUCCGCCACCACAGCCACCCCCUCGCCCAGGCCCACCCGCCCAGGGGGCCCGGCACGCAUUGUGGACUCCAUGCCCAUGCCCAUGCGCCCGCCCUCGGAGCACAUCUACCACAGCAUCGAGUCGGAGUACAGCGCCUACGAUCAGCACGAGGCUCUCUCCAUGAUCCCCACUGGCCUGAUGCACCACCAUCAGCAUCAGCAGCAGCAACAGCAGCAGCAGCUGGCGCGCCACCACCAGCAGCAGCAACAGCAGCAGCAGCAGCAGCGCCUGUUGCAGCCCCAGUUCCGGGCGGUGGGCGCGGCCAUGCCCAUGCCGCAGCAGGCAACGGCGCCCGUGCAUCUGCGCAGUGGCAGUGGACUGAGUCAGGCCAGCACAAGUACACAGUCGACGGCGCAGGCUUCCACAUCCGCUGCGGCAGCGCAACAGCAACAACAACAGCAGCAGCAGCAGCAGCAGCAGCAGCAGCAGCAACAGGCAGCUGCCACCGGUGAGACGGCCAAUAAGAAUGGACAGGCAUUCCUGGUGUAAGCUGCGAAAAAAGCUGCAAUGCCCUGCCCCAUUGCCACACACUGCUCCUGCUGCCAUCUCUUUCUCCCUCGCACUGCUCACGGGCGGUUCCUGCGCAGGGGCGGCCAUCUUGAAGCUGGUUCGCUCGCUUGCGCAACCGGCGGAAGUAGAACAUACACUACACACACACACACACACACACACACAAGCACACACAAACACACACUAUAGUAGAAAACAAAAAGACUUUUUUCGUAGGCAUUUCUUGAAACAAUUUAUUUGCAUUUCGCCUCUGGUGUUCGUUCAUGUGUCGUUGUUGUCGAUGUCGUCAGGGGUUAGAGAAUUGUGUUUGUCGUUUUGUAGACAGACAGACAGACAGACAGAAAGAGCCAGAGACCGACAGACAGAGAGAGAGAGAGAGAGGGACACGUAUAUAAAUACACAUAAAAAAAAACUAUAAAAUAAUUAGCAUUUAUCUAUAUAACAAAAAAAAAAAGAGAAAACAAAAAAACAAUUACUAGAAAUGUUGUUAAAACACUUUCAAAUUCAAUGUGAUAUAUUAAUUAACUAUAGUUAAAAGCGGGGAGCCCGACUGUCCCCUGUCCCCCAAAACACUGUAAUUCGUAGAUAUAUAUUUAGUAGUUCUAGCCAGGCAUAAAAAAGAACCUAAAUAAACUACAACUAAACAAAAAUAUACAUUCGUCGUUCGUUCGCAUCAACGUUGGAGCACCACUCAUCCUAAGCUACACGAAAACAAUAACUAUUUCAAAUAUUUCAAUUAAAUUUAAUCUGAAUGUAAUGUGUGUAUAUAGCAGAAUCGCAAACAGCAACAACAACAACAACAACAACAACAACAACAACCAUUUAGAGCACUUAAUGUAUUUAUUACUGUAAUGUAAUGUCGUACUGUAUACUGUAUAGAGAAGGAGACCCCCGCCCCGAUGGGGGUACGAAACUAAAUUAAUUUAAUUCAAUUUACUUAAUGGCAAAUGUAUUAUUAAAUUAAUUAUUACAAUUACAUAAAACAACAAGCAGAAAAACAAAAAA